UUUCCUUCUCCUCCCACACACCCAACCACUAUAAACAUUACUGUACACUGAGGAUCCUCCCCAGAUAUUCGUCCUAAGGUCAGCAGCAGGGACCCAGCAGAGAAGGAGACAGAGAUGGCACAAAGUUCAACUUUCCCUGAUGUGGUGGAGCUCAACGUGGGUGGUCAGGUGUAUGUGACCCGCUUUGAAACUCUCACGGCGGUCCCCAAAUCUCUACUCUGGGCUAAGUUCACCCAGAACUCCCCAGCAGACCUUCCUAAAGACAGUAAAGGCCGCUUCUUCUUCGACAGAGACGGCUUUCUGUUCCGCUACAUCCUGGACUAUUUACGGGACUCUGAGCUUUUCCUGCCGGAGUUUUUUAAAGAGAGAAAGAGGCUGCAGAGGGAGGCGGACUUCUUCCAGCUGCCGGAGCUCUCCCGGCGGUUGGCGGCGGCCAGUAAAGACAGCUCCUCUGCGGAGGACAGCGGAGACCCGGAGGAGGCUGAGCUCACCAGCCCGGUCACCUCCUCCUCUUCCUCGGAUAGACCUCUGCGCUCCCCGGGUGGGAACUCCGGCUACAUCACCAUCGGGUACAGAGGCACCUACACCAUCGGCAGAGACAUCCAGGCGGACGCUAAAUUCCGCAGGGUGGCCAGGAUAACCGUGUGCGGGAAGAUUUCUCUGGCUAAGGAGGUGUUCGGGGAAACCCUGAACGAGAGCCGUGACCCGGACAGACCGCCGGACAAAUACACCGCCCGCUACUACCUGAAGUAUAACUUUCUGGAGCAGGCGUUUGACCGGCUGGCCGAGGCGGGCUUCCACAUGGUGGCCUGCAGCUCCACCGGGACCUGCUCCUACGGCAGCAAUGACCCGUCCGAAGACAAACUGUGGACCAGCUACACUGAGUACGUCUUCAGCAGAUGAGCUGCUGGACUCAUACCACCAGCAGCUUUUGUUAUAAUUACUAAAAAGUAAAUCAGCUUUGCCUUUAGAUUCAGCUCAUAACCUGCGGGUAGGGUCAGCUGCUGCAAGAAACUUUAGUCUCUCUCAUGGGCGGUUUUAGACAGGGGCCAACGGGGGCCAGUGCCCAUACCUGAAGAUAUAAUACAUAAAAUAAAUUCCAAUGAUAAGAACAGACAUGGUUACUGAUAGGUCCUUUGGAU